AAAUUUAAUGAAAAUAUGGAGCCAUGUAAGAUGAAUUUAAUAAAUGAGAGGCAAAACAGACUGAAAUUGUGUAAUGAUAGGGAAAAUAAAGAAAAUUGGCUUCCAUUACUGGAUGAGGAUGAUGUAAUGUCACCAAACAAUAAAAUUACGGAUGAAGCAGUAAUUGAUGUUUUAUUGGAAAAAUUAAGGGAUAUUGCAAUCAAUAAAGAAUCCACAGAUACGUUAAGAUCGAUCACAGCAAAAAUUCAUGGACGUCUCACAUCUUCUGAUCGUAAAACACGGGAGCGAAUGCUUGAGAAAUUAUGGAAAAAAAAUUCCGGAUCGAUGGGAAUUCUCCUGGCAUCACUUGAGAAUUGUAAAGACAACAUUACCAAUUGCACAUUGGUUGGGAUUCUUCGUGAAUGUAUAUCGCCAAAAAUUCCAAAGACAAAGGCAAAGGCAUCAAAAAGCAAAAAUGAUUUACGAGCAAAUAGCAGGUUGGCGCUUAGUAAGUUGAUAAAUUUGGGUGGCACAGAAGUUUUGAUAAAACAUUUAAUAAAUUCACAACAUGCGGACCCUGUAAUGAUUGAAGUACUUGUCCAAGAGGUGCUCUGGUUAUUAGGUCAGAUUGCCCAGAAGGAUAAAAAUUUUGCUAUGAAGGUGAAGAAUCUUAAUUCCUUGAAGCUCUUCCAUAAUUUGUUGAAGCAACAUUUUAAUCAAAACAAAACACUAUUGCCUCUGUUGUUGAUUUUCAAAAAUUUAUCAAAAAAUUGUAUUUCUCAACAAUUUUUGCUGAGAGACGGUGUUGUUCAUACUUUAGAGAAAACUUUUGUUUAUCUCGGUUAUUCACCCCAUUUGAAACUUGGAACAUUAAUGGAUUGUUUUAAAUAUUUUAGCGCGAGCAAACUCUGCUGUACAAAGUUUAUAAAAAUUGGAAUUGUUCAUCUGCUGAUGCGUUUAUUUGAAAGAUGGGAAAGAUUUGAUGGACAACUCAGACUGAAAAUUUGCAACAGUGCUCUUAGUACUCUCCAGCAUCUUUGUGUUCUAAAUACUGGAAAAAAAGCGAUUAAGGCAAAUGGAGGCUUGCAACUUCUUUAUAGAUUUUGUACAAAUUUUCCGGAUAACAAAAUAUAUGAUUCGCUUUUAUCGAGAGUUUGCGACAUCAUCAAUCAAUGCCUUGAGAAAAGAGAACUUCCAGUUUCAAAAAUUUCACCUGCCAGAUUUAUAUUGCCUGGAACAAAUGUGAAAACUUACAGUGUGGACAGUAUUAGUGACGCCGAUAGUCAGGUCUUAGGCUCUUACAGUGAUGUAGAAUCUGGAGAAGAAGAAGACAGUCAUGUCUUUAGAAAUUUGCGAGAUCCCAAAUCUGAUGACAUUGACGAAAAUAAAUUUUUUGCCGGUGUUAUUACAUCACAGAGGUCUGAAGAAGAUCUCCUUGGUUACAAUGUCUUUUUCAAAGAAUUAGGAAGCUUAAAAAAUCAGUUAUCAAUUGGAAAAAUUUGUGCAAAUCAAGAAAUUGAGGUACUUCAUCUUCCAAAUGACAAACAGUGUUCGAAAUUCGUGAAAUUGGACAAGCAUAGAAAUUCCAUGGAAUCAAUGAAACCUUUCUCUUCAAAAUCGUCGAAUUUAAAUUCAUCUUUUGUUGUAAAUGAAUUGAAAUCUUUAGAUGCUUUAUCUGCAAAUGCAACCGAUCAAUAUGCAUAUUGUGCAAUAGCCAGUAAAGUGAAAAGUAUAAUAAAAUUUGUCAAAGUUGCCUAUCCGGAUCUACUUGGUGGUGAUGGUUUAGGAAAAUUAGAACCUCUUAACAGCAAAGACAGAAGAGUUUGUAGAUCUAAACUUCUGAUUUCCGUGGAUCGUGGUCUUCAUCCAGGAAAUAUUUUACAUGAAACAGUUUACGAUCUUGAUGCCCUAACUGCCAAUAAUCAUUCCAAUCAAUCAAUAGACAAACUUCUUUCAAAUUGGGAUGAACUUCGUGUUGGUAAACGUCACAAUGACAUUAAACAUUUAAUGUUUGAAUCAAGAUUUGAGAGUGGAAAUCUGAGAAAAGCAAUACAGAUUGGACCAAAAGAGUAUGAUUUGAUUUUGACACCGGAUGUAAAUAGCGGAUCGAGACAUCAAUGGUUUUACUUUGAAGUCUCUAAUAUGGAGGACAAUACAUUUUAUACUUUUAAUAUAAUUAAUUGUGAAAAGGCUAAUUCACAGUUUAAUUUUGGAAUGAAACCAAUUCUCUUUAGUGUUAUUGAGGCACAACGUGGAAGAGCCGGUUGGAUUCGAACUGGAGCUGAUAUUUGUUACUAUAGAAAUUGUUAUCAAAGACCAGGAAAGGGAAAAAAUUAUUUAACAACAUCAUUUUCUGUUGAUUUUCCUCAUGCCAAUGAUGUUUGUUACCUGGCGUAUCAUUUUCCAUACACCUAUAGUCAAUUGAUAAGCAACAUUUGGAAAUGGACGAGAACAAUAGCAUCUGCCAAAAUUUAUUUUAGAGUAGAAAAUCUUUGUGAUAGUCUCAAUGGUAAUGAAAAUCCCCUAUUAACUAUAACUGCGCCAAAUUCCACCAAUAGUCCCAUUCAGAAUCGGAAGAUAAUAUUUCUUACAUCGAGAGUUCAUCCUGGCGAAAGUAACGCAUCGUGGUUGAUGAAGGGAACGUUAGAAGCUCUUUUGGAGGAUUCACAAUUCGCCAAUAGUCUCAGGGAGAAUUAUGUGUUCAAAAUUGUGCCAAUGCUUAAUAUUGAGGGAGUUAUCAACGGUUGUAAUCGUUAUGGUUUGACAAAUGAAGAUCUCAAUAGACGUUGGAGUAAUCCCGAUUCAAAUUUGCAUCCAACAAUUUAUCAUACAAAAGGAUUGAUGGAAUAUUGUGCGAGAGUAUUGUUUCGGCCACCACAUGUAUUUGUCGACUAUCAUGGACAUUCACGUAGGAAAAACAUAUUUCUUUUCGGUUGCUCAAGGUCUGGAUCCUGGAGUGCCGUCGACAGAGCGAAACCGGAUCAACCGGUACACUAUUUGAUGCUGCCGUACUUGAUGCAAAAAAUUUCUCCAGCUUUUGCAUUAUCUUUGUGCUCAUUUAAAGUGGAGAGACAUAAAGAAUCGACAGCAAGAGUGGCCAUUUGGCGACAAUUAGGAGUAACAAGGAGCUACACAAUGGAAAGUAGUUUUUGUGGCUGUGAUCAAGGACCAUUGGCGGGUUUUCAUUUGGAUACAAAAAAUUUGAGAGAUAUUGGUAAAGAAUUUUGCCAAGCGCUGUUCUUGAUGAAGGACAAUAAUCAAGAUUGGUCCUUUGAAAAAAACAUUGCACGAAUGUCCGAGGAUCGACACUGUUGCCCGUUAAAAUGUAUUUUGAAAAAAUCAAAGCAGUUCCAUAAAUGUAUUCAGGAUAAACAUGCAAAACAACACAUUUUAGGGAUCCCUUAGUGUUUAUUCGUCAAGUAAAUUAUAGCUUGAUUAAUUAGGAUUCCUAUGGGAGAAACUGUAAUUGAAGAAAGAGGCUGUAUAGAUGAUGAUGAUGAAUCUUCUAUUUUAGAAUCGGAAGAAUCAGACUUUGAUGAUUAAAUUUUCUAAAUUUCUAGUAAUUUUCACUUUUAAAAGUUAGAGCAUCUAUAAAAGAAGUUUAUAUGUUACAAGACGAUUUUUUAUUACAUAUAUUAUAUAUCUAUGAGAACCAUUGAUUGUAAGUUUUACAAUAUUAAAUGAAUUCCAUUAAAAUAGAAUAGAUUAAAUCUAUUAGUGUUUAAUUUAUAAUGAUAAAUAAUUAUCUACAUUAAUCUGUGAUUGAAUAAGGACUUUAACUAACAAUUCCGAAUUUCAUUGAGGAAAAAAAGGUUAAAAGUCUAAAUUAAAAAAUAGUGAAAAUUAUAAUCAACGUUUUAAAAAGUUUUAAAAAUAAUAUUGUUUAAAACCAAAAUCUUCAUGUUGAUAACAAUAAAAUGUGAAAAUUCGCAAUUAUUUUUGUGGAAUUAUGUAAAUGGUUCCCGCUUACAUCGGAUUUUUCCGAUCCCCUUGAAAUCCGUUAUACGUGCGGGUUUCACUGUAUUCCAUUUAGAUUUCACGUUAAAUAAAAACUUUAUUUCAAAAAAGAAUCACUAGGAUGUAAACGCAUGAAUAAUUACGAUUAAAAUAAUUAUUGAUAUUUAUUUAAUAACUUCUUCUGUAAAAAUACUAUUUUAAACUCUUAUCCAAAGAAUUUACAAAGUCAAAUAAUAAUUCACUAAAUUAUUUAAAUACAAACAUAUAACGCAUUUAUAUUUUCAUAUAUAAUACUUUCUUUUUUUGAUAUUCAAUUAAUUCCAUUAAAUUGUAUUACUAAUAUACAAAUCAGUAUUAUAAAUUUAGUUUAAAGUUAUUGUCGGAAAUAUAAAAAUUUUUAAUUCAGAUAUAUGUUGGUACUUAAUAAUGAAAAAAUAAAAAAAACAAACUAUUUUGUCAUGUGAAAUAGAAUCAUAUUGAUUCUGGACCGCCAGCGAUCUAAAGAAGAAAAUUUAUCUUAAUGUAAGAUUUUUUUUUAUCAAAUGUCGGUACUACAUGAAUAUUACAAAUUCUUUUCUAGACUCUUAUUUUCUUCCAUUUGGUCUUCAGUUUUAAAAAGAAAUAGAAAAAAUUCUCUUUGUUUUCAAUUACACACACUUUAUAGUGUGGUAAAUUUCACUAAACAUGUCAUUGUUAUUGAUAAUUUAAUCAUUACUUUAAUAAUUAUCUAAAAGAAAAACAAAUAAUUAUAGCAGUACAAAUGUACCUUGUUCUAAUUAAUUACUUUAGAUAAUCAAAUUUUCUAAUGACAAAUACAAACUAUAAAAGUAAAAAACAGAUUUUUAAAUUUUGCCUCAAUUCCAUUAUGUAAACCUAAAGUAUACUAUACUUUUCGUUCAACCUUACAAUAAACUAUUACAUAUAUUAUAUUUAGUUAUUACAUUUAAUUUGACUAUUUAAAAAUCAAAUAUUAAUUUAUUUUAACUAAAUAAUAAUUAUUUUUGGUUAAAAUAAAUACUUAUUUGAUUUUUUUUCACCUGUUGUGCCUGCAACUAAUUUUUCUUUCAUAUAAUAAAAAAAUGUUUAUUUCUCCAACGAAUAUGCAAAUAAAUUGGUCGUUUUCAAAAACUAAAUAUUUAUCACUAUAUAUAUAUGUAUAUUGAAGAAUGAACAGUAUUACAUUCUUUUCUAUUUUUUUUUUAAACCAACAAAACUUAAUAUCAAUUUUUUUUUAAUAUAUGUAUAUAGGAAAAUUAUUUUCGAGCAUAUGUGACGAAAAUGUAAAAGUUUUUAGUAAGGUUGUUGAAAUUUUUUAGUUUGAAUUUUGAUUUGCUCGUAA